CGCGCGCCUUUAUCAUCAGCUGUGCAAACUCGGUUCUUCUGCUUCACAUUUUCGCUCUCUCCCUCUCUCUCAGUCUCUCUCUGUGUGUAGAAAAUCAAAUCCAUGUCAACUCCAGGCCGACGCCGAACAACGAUAAAUCCCUAUUCUUCAAUCUUCUUAACUGCAUGAGCCUCGAUUCUCUCCUUUCACAAACGAUAAUGGCGUUGCGAGCUGUUAACACUUGCUCGGUCAUCCGCUCUGCAUCAUCUCCGCCUCUCUCUGCCUUCCGAUGCUGCCUCUUCAAUCCCAGCAACCUUCAGUUCCGUUGGAGCUCGAAAUUAAGAUGUAGGUCUCCUGUAUUAUGGCAUAAACACCAAGUUUUUAGGAAUGGCGGAGGUCGAUUCUACUCCUUGUACAGUAUUGUCGAAAACGUUUACGAAGAGCUUGAAGCUUUGCGCAGGCGACAGAGAGUUUCCGCUUUCGCUAAAAUGGGAUUGGUGGGCAUGGGCAGUGGAGAGCUUAUUGAAGAUAAGCUUGUGAACCGAACAUUGGAAAAGGGACUGUUGCUGGAGUUCAAGAAGGAUUCGGAGAGGGUAUUACUUGCAGUUGCUCAGAAACCUGAUGGGAAAAAAAACUGGACGGUGUUCGAUCAGAAUGGUGUCACAUCAUCUAUAAAGCCACAACAAAUUACAUACAUUGUUCCAGGUGUUGAAAAUUUUGAGCAUACAGAAAUUGCAGACUUCAUUAAGAAAGCUCAGGAUAACUUGGACCCGACACUACUGGAGUUUGCAUGGCUUGAGCUUCUUGAACAAAAUAAGGCAGUGACUACCGAAGAAUUAGCUGAGAUCAUAUUUGGGAGUGCAGAGCCUCUUGAUAGCUAUUGUGCACAUCUGUUGUUAUCAAGAGAUGAAUUAUACUUCACUGUUCUGCAGACAAAAGGUUCGCGAUCUUUUUAUGGUCCAAGGCCUACUGACCAAGUUGAAGAACUUCAACGUAAAAAGCUUGUGAAGGAGGCAGCUGAGAAAGAACUACAAGAGUUUGUAGAAUUAUUGAAAUCUGCCAAGGCAAUGCCUUUGAAGUCCAAACUACCUAAAUCAUUCUGGGCAGCUGAAGAGAAAACCAGACACAAGAUUGAGUCUCUUGAAGCUUAUGCUAUUGAUGCUUGCAGGGAUGUUGAACAAAGGAAAACAGCUGGGAUGAUUCUCAAGGCAAUGGGACUGGUGAAAACAGCAUUAUCAGCAGUAAAUCUUCUCAUAGACAUAGGGUAUUUCCCUCGCCAUGUUAAUCUUGAUCUUCUGAAGCUCAAUAUUCGGACAGUUCAUUCAGAUGAGAUUAUAGCAGCUGCAGAAUCACUUUUACUGGAGGCAUCUGAUCCCGAUGAGGUUGACAGGAAGAAUCUCACACAUCUUAAGGUUUAUGCCAUUGAUGUUGAUGAAGCAGAUGAGCUUGAUGAUGCUUUGAGUGCAACGAGACUAUCAGAUGGUCGAAUUAAAAUAUGGAUUCAUGUUGCUGAUCCAGCUAGAUUUGUUCGACCAGGAAGCACAGUAGACAGGGAGGCCAUGAAAAGAGGAACUUCUAUAUUUCUUCCAACAGCCACAUAUCCUAUGUUUCCAGAGAAACUUGCAAUGGAUGGAAUGAGUUUAAAACAGGGAGAGAUUUGCAAUGCAGUUACUGUAUCUGUUGUCCUUCAUUCUGAUGGAAGCAUUGCAGAAUACUCUGUGGAAAACUCAAUCAUCAAACCAACUUACAUGCUGACAUAUGAAAGUGCGUCGGAGCUGCUUAGUUUGAACUUGGAAGAGGAGGCCGAACUUAAAAUUCUAUCUGAGGCUGCAACUUUGCGAUUAGCUUGGCGGAGGCAACAGGGUGCAAUCGACAUGGCUUCUUUGGAGACACGAAUAAAAGUACCAAAUCCAGAAGACGUGGAUCCUGAAAUCAAUCUCUAUGUGGAAAACCAAGCUGACCCUGCCAUGCGACUUGUUUCUGAGAUGAUGAUCCUAUGUGGAGAAGUUAUAGCCACUUUUGGAUCUCGCAAUAACAUUCCGUUACCUUACAGAGGACAACCUCAAACAAACGUAGAUGUAUCUGCAUUUUCACAUCUUCCAGAAGGACCUGUUAGGAGCUCUGCAAUAGUUAGAACAAUGCGUGCUGCUGAAAUUGACUUCAGGAAGCCUAUACGCCAUGGGAUUUUAGGAAUACCUGGUUAUGUUCAAUUUACAUCUCCCAUCCGUAGGUAUUUGGAUCUUCUUGCACAUUAUCAGGUUAAGGCAUUCCUAAGAGGCGACUCUCCUCCGUACUCCCAUGGUCAAUUGGAAGGGAUGGCAUCAACUGUAAAUAUAAAUACUAAAUUGGCAAAGAAGCUCUCAAGCAUUAGUCUUCGUUAUUGGGUAUUAGAGUACUUGAGACGGCAACCAAAAGAAAAUAGAUAUCGGGCAUUGAUUCUUCGGUUUAUUAAAGAUCGAAUUGCAGCCCUGCUGUUGGUUGAGGUGGGCAUUCAAGCAUCUGCGUGGGUAUCUCUUGGAGCACAAAUUGGAGAUGAAGUACAAGUUCGAGUGGAGAACGCCCAUCCACGUGAUGAUGUUCUUUCUCUGAAGGAGAUCAUUCAGUAGAUAUAUGACGUUCUCUCAAGUCAAAAAUAUUUUAGACAAGGUGUUACUCCCCGAACUUGCACGGGUUGAUGCGAUGAUGAGGGAUUCACCAAGAGACCCUAUGUCCAGCCGUACUGUAGAAAUUUGGGACGUUUAGGAGUAGGUGCCAUGCCGACUUUUGGAGAUCAAUUGAAACGUGGAAAGAAGAUGACAGUCAAAGGCGACAGCAUUUUCCAGACGGUUGCUAUUGCUGAUUCAAUGCUCUCAUAAUCUCGUUCAAAGGUAUUUGUGUGGGUAUUGUUCAUCUUUUCUUCAUCUGCUUUAAUAUAUAAUAAUUUUAAAUAACGGGAUGGGUGUCAUAUAAUAACCCGUUUAGUAACUAUUUUGUUUUUGACAAUGAAACUUAUGGACAUUAUUUUCAUUUCA